AUGGCAGACAAGAUCUCAGUCACCAUCUGCGGCGACGGAGGAUGUGAGGACUCAUACUCAGUCACCCGCACCGUCGACGGCCUCCCGUACUUCUUAUCCAUUACCGAUACUGCCGGUCAGGAAGAAUACCGCGGACUAUGGACCGCCAACACCCUCAAAUCCGAUGCCUUUCUACUGGUCUACGACAUUACAAACCCCGCCAGCCUUGAAACAUUGAAUUAUUUCAUGGAAUUGAUUGAUAUGGAGGCGGAACAGCGCGUGGAGGAUAAUCAACGAUUGCGCAAAGAACAGGGUCCUAGUGCCGGACCGGGGGUGGGCACGCCGCCGCCCGUCAAGAUCGUGGCUGGGAACAAAUGCGAUCUGAAAGACGGGCGCACCAUCACCUCUCGAGAGGGGCUGGAGUAUGCGCGUCGACAUGGUUGUGGAUUUAUGGAAACGAGUGCGCGGGAAAUGGUCAACAUAGAAGAGACGUUUGCUCAUUUGGUCCGUCGGGUCGUUGAAGCCCGCCGGGUCCAUUCGCAGGGCCCAGGUCGGCCCCCAUCUCGAACUGGUCAGUCCGUUCAGACAACGGCAUUGCCCCAGACCACCACGGAUGUUACCAAGCGCAAGGCACGGUCGCGGCGAUUCGGAAUUGGUAAAGGCCGAGAAUCGCCCGAGACGGACUCUAAGGUUGACGAGGCGCAGGGAUGUUUGAUCCGGCGACUAUGCUGUGCCUGUUUUUGA